AUGGCCUCCCUGUUCUCCGGCCGUGUCUUGAUCCGCAACAACAGUGACCAAGAUGAGCUGGACACGGAGGCGGAACUCAGCCGCAGGCUGGACAACCGGCUGGUGCUGCUGUUCUUUGGCGCCAGGUCGUGCCCGCAGUGCCAGGCCUUUGCACCAGUCCUCAGGGACUUCUUUGUGCAGCUCACAGAUGAGUUCUAUGUGCUGCGGGCUGCCCAGCUGGCCCUGGUGUAUGUGUCCCAGGACUCUACAGAGGAGCAGCAGGACCUGUUCCUUAGGGACAUGCCCAAGAAGUGGCUCUUCCUCCCCUUUGAGGAUGACCUGAGGAGGGAUCUCGGACGCCAGUUUUCUGUGGAGCGACUGCCAGCCGUCGUGGUGCUAAAGCCGAGCGGGGACGUGCUCACGCUUGACGCGGCCGACGAGAUCCGGCGCCUGGGCCCCGCCUGCUUCGCCAACUGGCAGGAGGCUGCAGAGGUGCUUGACCGCAGCUUCCUGCAGCCUGAGGACCUGGAUGACCCCGCGCCGCGCAGCCUCACCGAGCCGCUGCGUCGCUGCAAGUACCGCGUGGAGCCCGCGGCGCGGGGCGCACGCGGGCCUGGGAGAGAGGACGGCCCUGAGGCAGAGGGCGAGGCCGGGGAGCUGUUCUGA